CCUCGGUAUUGCUCAAUACACAAGGUUUUGCUAUUCGUUGUCCGUCGUAGUUUCACUGCUUCACGUCGUCAUCAGUACAGUAGUAGAACCGAGCGGGGCAGGCCGGCUUUAUUUAAAAUUUUCGUGCUACGCUAACGUGGAAAACCGAAAAUGGGCAACGUGUUGUUUUCCAUAAUCUGGUUAAUCAUUUUGAUAUUCAUUGCCUUCUGGGUAGCUGGAAUAGCGGCUGGCAUCUACAUUAUUGUACUUCCGUUCACAGUGUGCAUAGAAGCGUUGUCUGGUUUAGCAGAUUUCCUAUUAUCAGUGGUUCAAUUCCCGAAGUAUUGCGCGCAGGCCAUGAUGGAAGGAAGAGGAUUUAAUUAAUUUAGACAUAAUUUUUGUAGUUAACGUAUCGUAUAUCGAUAUCAUUAUAGUAAACUUUAAUUAUGGUGCCAUCUAUGUACUCAAACCUUUUUGGUUUGUUAUUUACUCUCCAUUUUAGCGGGAAAAUUUCACUCAGACAUUGUGUGCCAGUGUUGCACUCUACAACUUAAGUACCGUACUACAGUAAACAAAUUGUUUUACCUAGCAAUUACGGAUCAUUAUGAGGAAAGAGAAUACUGCCCUUUGGAAAGUCACUUAUUCUAAUUUAAUCAGUACCUAUCUCAUUUGCUCUAAGAUGUGAUUUAUAUAUGUGCACAAUCGAAUCACAGAUAUAAUUAAAAUUAGGUACUAUUACGGUCUGUCCCCCGCGUGACCGCGAAAAUUGUAAAGUACCUAGAUAAUGCACUUAAUAUUCUGUAAAGUAUUCCAAACCGUAAAAGUAGGUGUGAUUAUGUUUACCGAGAUUUUUUUUAUCGAUAAUAAGAGACAAAAGGCAGUUAAUUAUACAGUUUAGCCCUAAUAAAUAAAAACUGUCUAGUUGCUAAGUCAACCCAGGGCAAGAAAAUUGCAAGCCAUUGAAAUAAACACCCAACUGAAGAAUGAGUAAAUAUAUGUCAAAAAUAACAUUUUAUAAAUACAAUUUCUAAAUAAAUGUCACCGAUUUUUUAUAGUGAUACAAAUUUCGUCUAUAUCUUCAUUGUAAUAAUUAUUUAUUUUAUCGUUUUUAAGUUCAUUCGUAUGACCGGGCUGUUAUUACUGUUUUAAAAGUAUAGUAAGUGCGUUUUUUUCCUUAAAAUAUAAGUAAAGUAAAAGAACAGCGCUCAUGAUAAAAUAGUUAAAUGAAAGUAACCGGUAGAAUUUUUAAGCACCUGAAAUGAUAAUUAUCUUAUACGUGAUAUGUGUAUUCCAUGUGUUAGGUACGUAUGUAGGAACGCCAAUUAAUAAUAAACCAGCUCCACUGAGAUUAGAUCCACAUCUUCAGAUAUAAUAUUAUUACCAUUAAAAAUCAUUAUUAUUAAAAUGUUUAUUUAUUUAAUAAUAAUUUUAAGUAUAAUAAGUUUAUAGUUUAAGCUGGAUUAAAAGGUCACGUAACACAAUCACGAUCAUCUUAGCUGCAACGUAUACUUAAAGUUGUUUUGUUACGAAUUUGACAAAUACCUACCACAGCGCCAGAUUGAGUCAGAUUUCCAACCUACUGAUUUCUGAAGUGAAUUUUGUAUUUUAUUUAUAUUAGAUAGCCUACUAUACAUACCAAUAUGGACAUUAGGUAUAGAAAGGAACUACGCUGAUAAGCGUGACAUCCGAAUCUCAAUCGAAUCGAGGAUCCUCAUUUUCUAAAUUAAAAAGUGUGUUAUCUUCAUUGUUAUCACUAUAGUUUUGAAUAAAUAAAAAACCUUUCAUUUAAAUUUAAAUUCAAUAAUCUACGACUUUUUUGUUUAUUGCUUAGAUGGG